AUGCUGCUCGCCAGGGCCCUGCGCGCCGCCGCCGCCCUGCGCCCGCCGCCUUGCCGCCUCUUCGCCUCCUUCUCCUCCUCCUCCUCCUCUCCCCGCGCCCUCCUGCCGCCGCCCGGCGCCGCGCCGCCCCUGGCGCGCUCCCUCUGGCAGCUGGGCGGCGGCGGGUGGCGGACGGCGCUGCUCCGCCCGCGGCGGGGCUCGGCUGGCGGCGUGUCCUGCGGCUGCGGCGGCCUCCACACCGAGGGCGACAGAGCCUUCGCGGAGUUCCUGGCGGAUGAAAUCAAAGAGGAGAAGAAGAUCCAGAAACACAAAUCGCUGCCCAAGAUCUCCGGCGGGUGGGAGCUGGAUGUCCGCGGCACGGAGGCCAAGCUGGUGCGGAAGGUGGCGGGGGAGAGGAUAACAGUCACCUUCAACAUCAAUAACAGCAUUCCGCCCUCAGUUGAUGAAGAAACACAAGAAGAGCAGAAACCUGAUGAACAGGAGCCUGAUCUUACAUCAACUCCAAACUUUGUAGUGGAAGUAAUAAAAGAUGAUACAAAACAGACCCUUGUUCUCGACUGCCAUUAUCCUGAGGAUGAGGUUGGGCGUGAGGAAGAGGAAGAAAGUGAUAUUUUCACAAUUCGGGAGGUCAGUUUUCAGCCCACGGGAGAAUCAGACUGGAAGGACACCAACUACACCCUCAAUACGGAUUCCCUUGACUGGGCUCUGUAUGAUCACUUAAUGGAUUUCCUGGCUGAUCGAGGAGUGGACAACACGUUUGCUGAUGAGUUAAUAGAGCUCAGCACUGCACUGGAGCACCGGGAGUACAUUAAAUUUCUUGAAGACCUUAAAGGCUUUGUCAAAUGUCAGUAG